AUGGACAAUGUUGAUGAAAAACUAACCAUUUUUAAUGAAAUAUUUUUAAAUACAUUGGAUAAACAUGCCCCAGUAAAGACCAUAAAAGUACGCGGAAAAUCUUGCCCAUUUAUCACCCCGGAAAUAAAAGCAUCCAUGAUCAAAAGAGACCAGCUCCACAGUCUUUUCAGGAAAACACGUGAUCAUUAUGAUUGGCUUAAAUUCAGAGAGGCCCGCAAUUUUACAAAAACCGCACUUGUUAAUGCACAGAAAGAAUAUGUACUGAAGGAAGUUCAGCAACACAGAAACAAUACUGGGUCACUUUGGAAGGUAAUUAAAGAAAAUAUAGCGUAUAGGGAAAGAGAGUCGGUGGUCUACAGUAAGGAACCGAAAUUAGUGGCCGAAGAGUUUAAUCAUUUCUUUUCCACCAUUGGUGUGAAUGCUGCAAAGAAAGCCUCAACACUAAUACAAGAUCCUAGUGUUUAUCUAGCUCGGAAUCUUUCUGACGUAAAUCGCACAGAUAACAGCUACCCUGAAGAAAAUUAUAGAUUUAGUUUCACCCCAGUCUCUUGUUCAGAAAUAAGGAACAUCAUAUUAGCUAUGCCGUCAAACAAAUCACCCGGCAAAGACAAAGUGAGUAUGCGUGUCAUCAAACACAGCCUACCGGUAAUUCUUGGGCCCCUCACCGAUAUCAUUAACUGUUCACUGUCGUCAUCUUCGUUCCCUAUAGCAUGGAAAGAGGCAGAAGUUAUCCCUUUGUUAAAGGAUGGAAACCACGAGGAAGCAUCAAAUAACCGCCCACUUUCUCUCCUUACCUUUCUUUCGAAAAUUUGUGAAAAAGUCGCCUUGAAUCAAUUUGGUUCGUAUCUAAUGAAGAACAAAAAAUUGUCAACCCACCAGAGCGGGAACAAGAAACAUCACUCAUGCGAAACAUUGAAUCUUUUGACCGGAGAUACUAUCCCGCCAUGGAUGGGAAAUUGGUUACUGCACUGAUUCUAAUAGAUCUAUCUAAAGCUUUCGACAGUGUAAAUCAUAAUUUUCUCCUUACAAAACUUAGCAACGUCGGGGCUUCUCCAAGCGUUGUAAAAUGGUUUGAGAGUUACUUGACCGGAAGAACUCAAUCAGUCAGAAUUGGAUCAACUGUGUCUACUCCUCUCCCUGUUUUUUAUGGUGUACCACAGGGUACAAUUUUAUCACCUUUACUUUUUAGUAUUUAUACUAACGAUUUGCCCUCAUCAGUCCACCAUAGUAAACUUGAAUCGUACGUGGACGACUCCAAGUUAUUACUAUCUUUCACUGUGGCUAACGUGGACUGUUUAAAGCAACAACUUGAGGAAGACUUGUAUUUGAUUGCAAACAGUUGUUCCGAAAAUGAAUUGCUUAUUAACCCGGGAAAGACCAAAUACAUGCUGAUUGGCACACGGCAAAAUCUACAACAACUUCCCGUAGAUAUGACCAUAAACUUCCUCAACGAGACUAUUACCCCCGUCUCCUUUGCCAAAGAUCUAGGAAUGACAAUCGACUCUUAUUUGACAUAUGACCAGCAUAUCACCAUCCUGGUUUCCUCAUGUAUGAAUUCCCUGUGCCAAAUAAGCCGAGUCAAAAAAUGUUUCGAUAAAGAAGCUUUAACUCUCAUCGUCUCGGCACUCGUAAUGAACAAAAUGUUCUAUGUUUCAACGGUUUGGUCAAACACUUCGUCUACCAACAUUAAGAAACUACAGUUG